AUGCAAAAUAAUCAAUUUUCUAUUGUUUUCUGGAGAAAAGUGAGAGAAGAUAUGAGAAUGGAAAUUCUCUUAGAAAAAAAGCCAUUGAAGCAAUUUAAAUUAUAUGAAUUGACUGAAGAUGAAAUGAAUAUCAAUUUAGAUUAAGUUACACAAUGGUCCCCAGAUAAUGAAAAGAUUUACAAAAACAUCUCUGAAAAUGGAUUUGCUGAUUUUAUUUGCAAUAAGGAAUAUAUGAUCGAAACAUAUACCAAUAUAGUAUUUGAUUCUGAAGAUAUAACAUUGAUGGAUAAUCAAUUGUUACAAUUCAAAAACUUGUAAUUAUUACGAUUAAAUCAUAACAAAAUUGAAACUGUCCAACAUUUACCCCAAUAAUUAUUGGAAUUGCAUCUCUUCAAUAAUCCAAUUACAACAUUGAAUUUAUUAAAACAUAACCUUCAGUACUUGGGCUUAGGAUAUUGCUUAUUGAAUGAUGAUGCAAUACAAACUAUUCCUAAAUUCUUACCCUAAUUAAUCGGCUUGGAUUUGGCUCACAAUUAACUUUGUGAUUUAGAAUAUUCAGUAGAAGCAUGUAAAAAAAUAUCCAAUUUAAAAAUGCUUUCCCUCUAUGGCAAUCCAUUAGUGCUAAUGCCUUAAUACUUUAUAUAUAUAGUUGAUAACCUAUUAAAUUUGAGAAAUUUUGAUGAAUAGAGUUUUCUAGAGAUUAAAAAUAGGUUGGAAUAAGCAGAAAAGGAAAAAUAAGCCAAAAAAUAGGAAGCCUUGAGGAAGCAAUAGGAGGAAUUAGAACUAUAACAAAAACUAUUAGCUGAUAAAAAUAAAAAAGGUGGAAAACCAGGUAAGCAACCUGACCCAGUUGUAGUUCCAUAACCUUAAGUUAUAAUACCAAUUGAUGAACCUAAAAUCAAUUUAAAUGAAUUGAGAUAAUUCAAGAUUUCCUUAAAAAUAUAAACUUUAGAGAAUCUAGAAGGAAUUCUAUUGGAUAAGUAUACUUACCCUCUGAUGGAACAAAAUAAUAAAUUGUUUUAAAGUAAAUAUGUUAUUUCAACUAAUUUAUUUGGAGUUGAAUUAAAGACUAAGGAAGUAUUAUAUGAAACAGCAACAAUUGAGAAUGAAAUAGGCAGAAUAGAUUUUGAAUUUUCAUUUGAACAAUUUUAUAACCCUGAAGUUGACAUUAGGGAUGCAGUAGAGUAGGGCUUUUUAGUUUCAGUAUCAGUUGAGGAACCAAAAAUGUAUAUAGCAGAAGAUGGAGAAAAGAAGCCAGUCUUGGGCUAAGAUGAAUUACCUGAAUAAUAGAUAAGAGUCUUGGGAGUGUGUAAAAUUACUUGUGAUUGGCUAAGAGGUUACAAUAAAUAAUUUAAUAAAAAAUAUCGAAUAUUUAAGGAAGAAACGAAAACUUCGGCUGAACAUUGGUUUCCCUUAGAAAAUGAAUAGGAACUUGUAUAGGCUAAGAUGGAGAUGAUUUAGAAAGAAAAGGAUGCGGAGUUAGAGGAGAGGAAAGCUUAACAAGCGUUAAUUGAUUAAAAGAAAGAGCAAAGUAAGGGGAAGGGAAAGGAUGUUAAAAAGAAGGAUGAUAAAAAAAAUGUAAAGAAAGGGAAAGAUGAACCUGUAUAAAAGGUAAUAGGAUAAUUGGAUUGGGAAGUGGAUGGUAGAUAAUAUAUAUAUGUAAAUGAAAAGAAAGUACACAGAGCUACAGAUAUGUUAUUGGCAAUUGCCUUAGAUUUAGGAUAUUGA